AUGAUGCAAUCCCGAUUACUAACGUUUGCUUCAGUGGCACGUUCUCGGGCUCGACCAAUCGCUCAAAGGCAUUUAGCGUUUGGAUCAUCCACGUCUGGUCGCACCGCUGAUCCAGAGCUCCAUUCCGGUAACGAUGGAGCUGAUCCAGCUAUUUAUCCAACGGACCCCGAAGGUAUGGAUGAUGUAGCAAAUCCCAAGACGGCGGCGGAAGAAAUAGUAGACGAAACACCACGACCGAGCUUAGAAGAACAACCGCUUAUACCGCCGAAAUCUCCACGCGCCACCGCACAUAAGCUAGAGAGCACUCCCGUCGGUCAUCCGUCAGAGCCAAAUUUCCAACAGAGACGGAGAAGAAGCGCCACCGCCUCGCGUGAUACCGGGAGCUGUGCCGGUUUAGACGGCUCACCGUGGCCGAGAGACGAGGGAGAGGCUGAGGAGCAGAGGCGGAGAGAAAACGAAACAGAGAGCGACAAGGAGUUUUACAGACACCACAAAGCUUCUCCGUUAUCGGAGAUCGAAUUCGCCGAUACUCGGAAACCGAUCACGCAAGCCACCGACGGAACGGCGUACGCGGCGGGAAAAGAUGUGAUUGGAUGGUUGCCGGAGCAGCUAGACACGGCAGAAGAAGCUUUGAGGAAAGCAACAAUGAUAUUCAAACGCAACGCAGAACGCGGCGAUCCUGAAACGUUUCCUCAUUCUAGAAUCUUGAGAGAAAUGAGAGGCGAGUGGUUUUAA